CCAUGUAGAUUCCAUGCAUACGCAAACACUCUCCCUUUAUGAAGUUAUCAGUGGAAUUAAAACCUUUCACCAGUUUAUCUGUUUAUUUUCCCAUUGUGUAAUGAUGUGAACUGUAGUUAAUAUGUUUUAAAAAAUUUGGUGAAAUUACAGUGUGUCCUAAAAUUAGUAGGGAUCGUGAUAAAAUGCACAGGUGCCUGUCAAAUUACGAUAAAGGACUUUUAACAAAGUCAUAAUAACGGGCGAGUGCUUUCUGUGUAUUAGCGAUGUUGGGAUUUCUUUUCGCCCGCCAAACAGGUUUAGAAGAUCCCCUUCACUUGAAGCGAGCAGAGUCCACACGAAGGGUGCUUACCUUGGAGUUAAACAAAGACAGAAUUGUCGACCGUAUUCAUGGGAAUGGAGUGAAUACACUUGAUAUAGAAGCUGUUGAAGGAAAAUAUAUGUUAUCAGGAGGGGCAGAUGGAGUCAUUGUAAUCUAUGACCUGGAAAACUCUUCACAAAAACCUCAGUAUACAUGCAAAUCAAUUUGUACAGUGGGCAGAUCUCAUCGGGAUGUUCACAAAUUUAGUGUGGAGACUGUCCAAUGGUAUCCUCAUGAUACAGGAAUGUUUACAUCAAGUUCUUUUGACAAGACUCUGAAAAUCUGGGAUACAGAGACUUUAAUUCCAGCAGAAAUUUUCAGUUUUGAAGGAACAGUAUAUUGCCAUCACAUGUCUCCCAUUGCAACUAAGCACAGUUUAAUAGCAGUUGGUACCAAAGACCAUAAAGUACAGCUUUGUGAUUUGAAAUCUGGUUCCCGUUCCCACAUUCUUCAGGGGCAUCGGGGAGAGAUUUUAUCAGUGAAAUGGUCACCUAGAUAUGAGCACAUACUUGCAACAGCAAGUACUGACAGCAAAGUACGGCUGUGGGAUGUGAGAAGGGCAACAGGAAGUUUAUUCACACUUGACCAGCACAAUGGAGUGAAAUCCAAAGCUGCUUCUGAGGCAGCUGAUUCUGCUCAUAAUGGCCGUGUGAAUGGAUUAUGCUUUACUGGUGAUGGACUACAUCUUCUAACCAUUGGCACAGAUAAUCGCAUGAGACUUUGGAAUAGUGCAAAUGGGGAAAACACACUGGUGAACUAUGGGAAGGUGUAUAAUGAAAGCCGUAAAGGAUUAAAAUUUACUGUGUCCAAAGGUUGCAGUCCAGAAUUUGUAUUUGUACCUUCUGGCAGUGAAAUCGCAGUAUAUGCCCUUUUUACGGGAAAACUGAUUACCAUGCUGAGAGGCCAUUACAGUUAUGUUGACUGUUGUGAAUUCCAUCCAGACUACCAGGAUUUGUACAGUGGAGGGAAAGAUUGCAACAUCCUUGCCUGGAUUCCUGCUCCACGUAGUCCAGCUCUUGAUGAUGCAGAUGACCAAACUAAAAGCGGUGGAAGCCUUAAUCCUGCUUUUGAAGAUGCGUGGAGCAGCAGUGAUGAUGAGGGAUGAGCAUGUUCUUUAUUCUUGACCACCAGUCUUGACUAUUACAUUAGAGAUAAAAGGAAAAUGUGGGGCUGCUGCUAGCAGCAAUUGUAGAAUUGACAAAUCACAUUUAUUAAAACAUGUUUAAAAUGUUUCAGUUGCAAUCAUGGAUUAAAGUCCAAAGACUACUUUUAUAAGCAACAAAUGUACAUAUUUUAUACAGUUCUAAAUGCCACAAUUGAGAAAUAAAAAAGUUGUUUUUCUA